AUGGCAGCAGUCUUGAACUCUCAACCAAAGAUCCUCACCAUCAACCGGCCAGACGCCCCACAAAUGAACCAAACCUUGAUGCAAGCCUUCCAUGAUGCCCUUGAGAACAGCCCCUCUGCGGACCUCCUAUCUGUUUUCGGGGCUACAUAUGUGCGUGCGCAUCGAGUAGCCCAAUAUAAGGAGCUUUCUGAGGCUGGCUGCCUCAAUUUCCUAACCAUUAACAACCUGCAUGAUGAGAUCAGUGCUCACCCCGAAAUCAACUUGCGCGAUUAUUUCCCCUCAGACUACGACCGUCGGUACAAAUGGGUAAUGCCAAAUGCAACGCCAGAGGAAAGGGCCGCUGAGCCACAGCACCCAAAAGAGUCUUGUGACUGGCUCCGUGAGAGGCUUUCUAAAGUCGAUACUGCCAAUAUUCUUUACCCACUAUCUAAUCAAGCCACAUCGCUCCUGCAAAAGUAUUACAACCUGAGCGACAGCUAUUCUUCUUCGCAAACAGAGCUUGCGGCCUCAUUGAAAUCUCUUAUUUUGCAUUCAGAAAGGCUAUUUGACCUGAGCACCCGAGGAGCCGUGGUCAAGUGCGGUAAUGAAAUUGCUAUCAAAGUCUUUCCCAAUAGCAGAGAUCUGACAGAGUAUCACAACCUCCAAUACCUUGCUGAUCACGUUCCUGAGCUUCCAAUUCCCAGAGUCCAUGGUCUGAUUACCCUUGGGAAUUUCCAUGCCAUGUUCAUGUCGUAUAUCCCAGGAAUCACCCUUGACAAAGCCUGGCCAGAUCUAUCUCAUGAAGCAAAAUUAUCUCUUCAGAGGCAGCUGAACUGGAUAUUCUCUCAACUCAGGAACCUCCAGCAACAUGAUGGACCUCAACUAGGAGGCCUGGGUGGGGAAGGGGUCAAGGACUACCGCAUCAUGGAAAUUUUUGCAAAAACUGGCAUUACAACAGCAAGGCAAUUUGAUGAGCUGCAAUUCUCUGCAAACCAUCGUGCAAGUCCUUCCUAUGUGAAGCUACUUCGUUCAUUUCUGAGAAAGGAAAAUAGGUCUCUUAAGGGUUCAGUGUUUACACAUGGCGAUUUGAAGAAAACAAAUAUCAUGGUUGGAAAGGAUCCCACCAACACCGAUGCGUAUAUUAUAACUGGAAUCAUUGAUUGGGAGGAGGGUGGUUUCUAUCCAGAGUAUUAUGAGUGUACAACUCUGUCGAACGGCCAGAGCAUUGAUUGUGACGAUGACUGGUAUCUAUAUGUGCCAGACUCAAUUUCACCCUUGCGAUAUCCUGGAGCAAAGCUCGAUAAGGGAAUUCGAAAUGUUCGCAUCCGAUCGCGCCCUCACCUCAAUAAAAUAUUUAUGACGAGCACCAAGGAGAUGAAUGAUGGUCUUUUCACCUGUCUCUGCUGCAUCGAUGAACAAGCUCCAAUGUUUGAUGCCAGGGUUCUGGUAGAUAGCAAUCUUCAAAGGAAUUGGUUAGGAAUAUCCCUUUUCAACUACCGUAGAGAUAUAAAGUCAGAGUUAUAUAUACCUUUUAAACAUGAUGAGUGCAAGCAGGACAGGGACAGAGAAGGGAAAGGUGAUGCCAGACAGCCAGUCGGCUUGACUUGGUCAUUCAAGAAUGCGAGAGAUGUGCCGGUGCGACGUGUGCUAUCCCCAGUCGUUUCAUGGGCUGAGGUGGGGAGAAGCGUCGUCGGAGCGCCAUGGAGGAAGAAAGGAUUGGAAAGCGGUUGGCCGCUGGAAGUGGAAGUCCCAUGGAAGUUCCAUGGACGGAUUAUGAGCAACGCCGGUGAGCGCUGGACUUCGCUGUACAGGUACAGGUACGAAUACGAAUACGACGCGCUCAACUCCAUCGCAUUAUAA